CUGCCGCCAUGCCGGGCGCCGCCGCCCCGCUCCCCCGCCCGCAGCGCCGCGCCCGCGCCGCGCCUCAGGAGCGGCGGCGGAGGGUGGCCCCGCUGGCCGCGGCCCCGCCGGCCCGGGAGGGGGACGAGCCGCUCCUCAGGGGCAUCUUCGAGAUCGGCAAGAGGAGCUGCGACGUGGUUCUGAGCACCCGGCGGCUCCGCUGGAGCCCCAUCCUGCCCGAGAGCCCCACAGGUGAUUCCAGUGUGGCUUUACAGGCUCAAGAGGAGAUUCUCGAAAUGAAAGAUGUAUUUUCAGUAAAACUGAAACGUCGUCGUUUUGCAGGGCAAAAAAAAGGUGGUACUUUGUUGGGUAUCACAAUUUUUAAAUGCUUGAAUAAAGAAGAGAAUAAGCUUACAGACUGUGCUAUCCAUUUAAAUAACUUGAGUGAAGAUCAUUGUCAGUCAUGGUUUAGACAUCUGAAGGAAAUUUUAAAUGGUUUUCAAAACAGACCUAAAUCCUUGAAAGUGUUUGUUAAUCCAAGCAGCCACAAAAGAGAAGCCACUAACAUUUAUUAUGAAAAAGUUGCACCUCUUUUUAAACUUGCUGACAUAAAAACUGAUGUCACAGUAACUGAAUAUGAAGGACAUGCUCUCUCAGUGCUUAAAGAAUGUGAACUGCAGGCAUUUGAUGGGGUAGUUUGUGUUGGUGGAGAUGGAUCUGUCAGUGAAGUUGCUCAUGGUCUACUGCUCAGAGCCCAGAUAGAUGCUGGGAUAGACACAGAAUAUGUAUCAAAGCCUGUCAGAGCACCGGUUCCUCUUGGAGUAAUACCAGCAGGCAUUAAAGCAGAAGGGCAAAAUUUACAUAUAUAUCUCCAUGUUUCUUAUCCAGGUACUACAAAUAUCUUGGCCCAUACACUCUAUGGUAUUAAACAUGCAGUGACAGCGACAUUGCACAUUGUAAUGGGACACAUUCAAGCAGUAGAUGUGUGCACUUUCAGCACUCCAAGCAAGCUGCUGCGCUUUGGGUUCUCGGCCAUGUUUGGGUUUGGGGCAAGGACGCUGGCUUUGGCAGAGAAGCACCGCUGGAUGCCCUCCAGCCAGAGGAAGGAUUUUGCUUUCAUCAAAACCCUGGCAGAUCUUAAGCCAGAGGAAUGUGAAUUAUCGUUUCUCCCUCUACAAAUUCUGGAGGAAGACACUCAUGAGAAGGACAGGAAGAAGAAAGAGAGAAUGGAAAGAGGUAGCAAGGAUCAAUGGCAGAAAAUUCAGGGUCACUUCCUGAAUGUGAGCAUUAUGGCAAUCCCUUGUCUGUGUUCAAUGGCACCAAGAGGCUUGGCACCUAAUACGAGGUUGAACAAUGGAAGCAUGGCUCUUAUUGUUGUACAAAAUACUUCUCGAACAGAGUUUAUAAAGCAUCUGAAGAGAUACAGCAGUGCAAAAAAUCAGUUCAAUUUUCCCUUUGUUGAGACCUACAUAGUUCGAGAAGUAAAAGUACAACCAAGGUUUAAAAGUGGACCUGAUGCCAAGGAAAAUAUGUGUCUGAAUGCAGAAGGAAACUACCCUUGGAAUAUAGAUGGAGACCUAAUGAAGGAAGCAUUGGAAGUUCAUGUUCGAGUGCAUCCUCAACUUAUUGAUCUUUAUGGAGUGAACACUGAUGACCUGGAGACUUCCCAAGUGACAUGCAACUGCAUAUAGAAGGGACACAUUGGAAAUUCGGUAAUAUAGAAUCCUGUUCUCACCCCUAUGCACAACUUUCCAAGGUCUGGACUUGUACUGAUGUCAGUUGUAGUAGAAGCUUAAUUGGUAAGGGUUAGGGUUUGUUCCAAUUCUAGGUUAAAAUUGAUAUUAAAUUAUAUAUUUUAUCAGGGCAGAACCAUACCUCUCUCAUACCAGAACUCACCAGCUCUAGCUGAAGAAUAUAAAAAAAUGGCAAAAUAAAAAUGUAUGCAUUUAUUUUUUUAAUAAAGUACUUAUAUUUCUAGUUAUGAUUUUUAAUGUUGCCUUAAUAUAUUUGUUCUCAAAAUGUUUCUAGUCAAUUAAUAGAAAAGAAUAUGUUGAUGUGCUGUUUGGCUUUCCUUUGUUAAAAUGUAUUUUAAAAACUGCUCUUUGUAUAAAAUUAAUAUUUUCUCUGUCUUAGAAAUGAAACGCUAUUCAGCAUAGUUUUUGUUGUUGCUGAGAAUAAAGUUGUGAUAAAUGA